AUGUCCGCCAAAGACAACCAGAAUCCUUGGUCACCUCAUCCCGGGGAUACCGUGUACUGUAAUAUUACAGCUGCCCGAAAGGGUCAAAUUGGCAUCCCACGCACGGGAGACAGCGACACGUUUGAUCUUGAUAGUGAAGCACAGAAGUACGCCGCCAGCCGUGCCGAUAGCGCCUUGAUGCAAGGCAGCAGCUCUACUCGCCCGUCUCCCUUCGGGGGCGGCAUGUUCUCCUCCCUGCAAGCCACACCUUCCGGGACUGCUGCUGCUGGGCAGCCGUCGACUCACGCCGCUCCAUUUGGGACCUUUGUGUCCUCGUUCGCUGCCCUCCAAGGUCCUGGCGCCGCCGCUCCUCAAUCCACAUCACCGUCGCCCUGGGCAGCAUUGCAAGACGCCAACCCGUUCGCACCGACUGGUCCCUCACCCUUCGCCGCCCUCCAGGGCCCCGGCCCUUCCGGAGCAAGAUCGAGUAGUCCGGGUGGGCCGCCCGCCGGUCAAACCCAGCACGGUUUAUCACAGCACGCCGACGCGUACAGGCAAUCGGCGGGCGGCGCAGACGAAAGUCACGACGAUGAUGACGGGUCGUCCUCCACAGAUGCCCCGGACUCAAACAUGGACGCCGACCCGAGUAACCCGCCCGACGACCAGUAUACCGAGGAACAGGUGAGAGAUGAGUUCCGCCGUUCGUUCCGGAACGGCGUCAUGGGCGAGCUCCUUCAGUCUCCGCCUGGCUCAGUGGCAGACGCUCUCAUGACCGAUUUGUUUGAACUCAUCAUACGCAAGUCAUUCCCCCGCGACAUCGCGGCGCCGAUGAACAGGGUUCAGGAGACAGCCCACCUCAUCCGCACGAAUUUGGAGAUGGCAAGGGGUCACCUGGACCGAGUGUUCCCGACGGUUGCUGCUGAGUUGGAAGCCGACAGGCGAGACACCAUGGUUCUCUCCCAGAUAGCACAGCUCUUGUCACUUCAUGUCAUUUCUCGGUCUAAUUAA